CAAAAUUACCCCCUGUUUUGUAGAGAGAGAAGGAGAAGAGAGAGAGAGAGAGAGUAGAAGCAGCAAAAUGGGUAAGAUAGUGGAGAAGACGAAGAAGAAGAAAGGAAGACCAUCUCUAUUAGAUCUCCAGAAGAGAAAACAACUUGAGGAAAAGAAACAACAAAAUUCUAAACUUAAGCACCAAACACAAAACUCAAUUUCACAUAUCAAAACUCCAAUUCAACAUACAACACCUAACCCUAAAUCUCAUUCUAAUCGUCGAUCUACUCGUAGAAACCCAACUACUACUGAUGCCAAUUUAGUGACCAAAUAUUCUGAAGAAGAUGAGGAAGAUGAUGAAGAAAAUGAUGAGGAGGAUGAGGAUGAUGAAGAUGAAGAUGACGAGAACAAGACAAAGAGGGAAAAAAAACUUAAUCUUGUUCUUCAAUCAACACCACCUUCGAAAAAUAAAAAAUCAUCUGUAAAUUCACCUGAUUUACAGUCUAAUCCUUACGCUUACAAUUCAGAUGAUGACGAUGAAAACGGUGAAACUCCAUUCAAGAAACGAAAAAUCAAUGCUGCUGAUCAUCACAAUUCUUCUGAAAAGGAAGAGAAAGCAAACCCAACAUUGAAGGCUAAGGAAACCUUUUCAGGCACUAUAUUGGAGUCUGGGUCCACAACACCUUUACCGGAGCAAGCAUUGUUGGUGUUUAUCCUUGACAGGCUUCAAAAGAAAGACACUUAUGGCGUGUAUGCUGAACCUGUAGACCUGGAUGAGCUUCCUGAUUAUCUUGAGAUCGUAGAUGAACCAAUGGAUUUUGGAACAGUUAGGAAGAAAUUGUCUAGUGGAGCUUAUAGUUGCUUAGAACAAUUUGAGAAAGAUGUCUUUCUAAUAUGUUCAAAUGCGAUGCAGUAUAAUUCAUCGGACACGGUUUACUUUCGUCAGGCACGGUCCAUACAAGAGUUAGCAAAGAAAACCUUUGAGAACUUAAGACAGGACAGUGAUGAUAACGAACCAGAACAAAAAGUUGUAAGGAGGGGUAGACCUCCCUUAAAGAACCUGAAAAAGCAAUUCAUCAAGCUCUCCUCCGAGCGUGCUGGAUCAGAGUUUUCAGAUACAACUGCAGUUCCUGGUAGAGAUAACAGUACAUGGUUUAAUUCACAUGAUUUGAGAAAAGGCCCUCUUACAGAUAAUUCUAGCCUUGAUGAUGGAUCAGGAAGGGUUUCUCACAGUACUCGAAACAAUGAAGCUCAUAUUAAUUUUGUAGCGGAGCAAAAAACUGAUUGGAACGAGGAAUUUCCAGAUUAUACAUUAAAGGGGAUCUCUAUGAAGUUCGGAAAGAAGCAUUUUGUUUUAGAUGAGAACCGUCGUAACACUUAUAAGAACUCGUAUCCAGCAGCGGGUGGAAACGAGCUAUCACUGUUUGCUACCUUCGAUGGAGAAAAGAGACAUCUAAUGGCUGUGGGAAUUCACACUGAACAUGGAUUUUCUAGAAGUUUGGCUAGAUUUGCAGCAAAUCUUGGCCCGGUAGUCUGGAAAGUCGCGUCCAAGAAGAUUGAAAAGUCAUUGCCGGGUGGAAUAAAGUUUGGUCCUGGAUGGGUUGGAGAAAACGACAGGCCACCCAAACAAGCUCCAUUAUUAGUGCCCUCAUCACAGUCGUUGCCGCUUCAGUCUCCUAUAUGUCAAUCUACUAAUUCAUCUCCUUGUGCGCGCACUGUUGGUGCUACAGGAGAAAGAUUACUGUUGAAGCCAGAACCUUCAUGUAACUCCUCGUCGGAUGUCCUUCCGAACAGAACUUUCGCUUCAUCAUCGUCGGAUGGUGGGCUUAAUGUGAUCAACAGUGGCAGUGGUGGGAUGAGGCCAAACCCUCAAUUUCAGAUUCAUCAGAGUGCUGGAUUUAAGCACCCUAUCAGUGGUGUUAAUGGUGCACAUGGGUUUAACUUAACAGCCUGUCAGAUGAAUAAAAUGGUUAGACCAACUCGACCCCAGCAAAUCAGUACAGAAGCUCCAACAAAUUCUCAAACCGAAGAUUCAGUUUCCAGGAGCAGCAGUCACUUUGUCCAGUCAAUACCCGCAACAACUCAUUUGGAGAAAACAUCUGGUACGAUAGAUUCAAGCAGAUGUAUACAGAGACUGCCCACGAUGCACAAGAAAACGGAACCAGUGCCUCCUGACCUGAAUGUCAGAUUCCAGUCUCCUGGCUCUCCAAGUUCUGGUGUGCGAGUUGAUUCACCGCAGCCAGAUUUAGCGUUACAGCUCUGAACUUGUAACCUUGAGAAGUUGGCAGUAUCGAAAGCUGCUGCAAUUGGUGUUGCUUCUAAGAGAAUUUAGAAGAGCCACAACAUGUAGAACUCCCCAAUAAUGUAUGUUCAUGUAUUAGUGUAGGUGUUGGAGAGAGGUUUCGUACAGAUUAAUGUAUUCUAAUUGAUUGCGGGUUUUAAAGAACAAAUAAAACCCAUUAUGUAACAUUUUCACAUCUUUUGGAUCAUCAGUGGAAACAGAAGAAUUCUGUUUAAUAU